AUGGUCUCGUCUUGCCUCGCCUCGCCGGCCACUGCGCGCGGCGGCUCUGCUCUACGUCUGCAGCUUCAGCCGAGGGGGUGCCGCGUGACGUGCUUGGCCGACGCGGGGGGAGCCGGGAGCGGCGGCCGCGCCAAGGCCGUGGGAGGAUUCGCGUGCGGCUUGCUCGCAGCCUGGGCCGUCGCGUCAGCCCCCAGCCCGGUCAUCGCCGCUGGCCAGAGGUUGCCUCCACUGUCAACAGACCCAAAGAGAUGCGAGGCUGCAUUUGUUGGGAACACAAUUGGUCAGGCAAAUGGGGUGUAUGACAAGGUGCUUGAUCUCCGGUUCUGUGAUUUCACAAAUGACAAAGAUAAUCUUAAAGGCAAGACUCUGUCUGCGGCUUUGAUGUCAGGCGCAAAGUUUGAUGGUGCUGACUUGACAGAAGUUGUCAUGUCCAAGGCCUAUGCUGUUGGUGCAAGUUUCAAAGGCACGAACUUCACGAAUGCAGUGAUAGACCGUGCCAAUUUUGGAAAAGCCGACCUCGAAGGUGCAAUCUUCAAGAACACCGUCUUGUCGGGAUCAACCUUCGAUGAAGCUAAUAUGAAGGACGUCGAUUUCGAGGACACACUCAUUGGCUACAUUGACCUUCAGAAGCUUUGCAGAAACACCAGCAUCAAUGAAGACACAAGAUUGGAGCUGGGAUGCAGAUGA